UUGUUUUGCAGCACAGUUUUCUCGGAAGCAGUUGUAAAUUAUCUUUGCAGUACAGGCGUGGAGCAGCUCCGGCAGUACCUCAUCGUAGCACAGAAUAAUAAAGCAACCUUGGAAUAUCAUGAAAAUUGCAAGCAAAAGCUGCUGAUCAUAUCGGAUCUAUUGGCUUUUUUAGCAACACAAAAUAAUGGCUAUCUUAGAAAAGCAAUCAGAGAUAUGAUUAUUGAGGAUCGAGAAAUUUUGAGAAACACGGCACCCACCUUUGAACAACUUCAUGAUUUGUCGCUACCUUUUCUGAUCAGAAUGGUUACAAAUUCUCCAGAUCUUCUUCGCUUUGUUGUGCACAAUGCGCAUGAUUUAGCUACAACGGAUUUGAUUGUUAAUGGAGCCAAAUUCAUAUCGCAAUUGAACAAGCAAUGCUUAUUACCGAAAUUGUCAAAUACUGCAUACAGUUACGCUGCAUUCAUGCGUCAGCUGGUAUUUUAUCUUAAUUCAGAAGGUUUAGCGCUUGUUAUGGAAGUGGCAUUACCGGUUGCUCUGAAUGACCACCUCAUUGAAAGUUUCCCAGGUUACAAGACCGCAUUCUGUAAUAAGUUGAGGAAUGGCGCAUGCUCUAUAUUGGAAAAGGAAAAAUCAACUUUUUUUGUUGAGUAUUUGGAAAAUUAUGAUGAAAGUUAUGUUGAUUGUUAUUUAGAACGAGAUUUUUGGUCUGAUAGCAACAGGUGUUCAUUCACAGAAAAUGUGCCUCGCAACUGA